CAGGACUCGUCUCAAGACGCGGACGAAGACAACGCCAGAGAUAAGUUCCGUACGGAGAGGUCGGCCACCAUUAGUCUGACGGCAAACACCCGUUCAAUGGAUCGCCAAAUACCGGACUCUUUGGACUCAUUAGCCGCUGAUUUCAAACGGAAUCAGAAACACGAGAAUAAGCAGAAGAAGCGCCGCAAUCGCCAGAAUAGGCGACAGUUUGGCAGUCAUUAUGAAAGACAAACGCAGCCAAUGAGUGCCGGUAUGUCUUCGGGUGGCAGUCAUCACAAUCGCGGCCCAGACUUAAGAAAUCUGAUUAAUCGUCCGCCGAAUGGCCGAAGACAUGGUUUCAAUCAAACCAAUCGACUGCUCAGCGAAUCAAAUGCUCUUAUAAUGAAUCAGAUCCAGAAUUUGGCCAAUAAUUUGACCGCAAAUCUGAAUCCGAUUACAAAAUUGCAAAUGGAUUUAGGAAUUCUUAAUCCAAAUCAGCUGUUAUUGAACGCUCUGUUGAGUCAAAAUCAGUCGAUUCCUGCGGCCAAUCGAUUGCCGUCUUCGCUGACCACUGGUCGCAGCACUUCUUCAUUGAACCAAAUGCAGGCAUUGAAACCAAAUGAUGACAUUCAGAUCACUAUCAGAAAUCGCAACAACAAUAAUAGCGGCCAAUCACUGAAUGCCAUCAAAAUGUCGACAAAACCGCAAAUCAAAUGUUUGGUCACAAAAGACAAAAGUGAUUCCGAUAUUGAGAUUUUGAGCGAAACGGACGGCUCUCACAAUUCAGGCAGUAAUUUAUUCAGCGGAUUGUCAGUCAAUGACAAUGAGAGGGCCAACAGCUCUGGCAAUGGCGACCAUUUCGCCAACGCUUUGGCCGAAGCGGAGGUCGGCGUCGAUAACGACUAUUUGACACGACUUCGAGAACAAGAGGAACAGAGACGACAACUGAAGGAAUAUAAAGAGAAGAGACGUCUGGAAAUGGCCGACGAAAGGCUCCAAUCGGCUGAACAUUUGAAGGCAAAGAUUGCCAAUCGAAACACAUUCAGGCGAUAA